AUGUGUUUCUGGCAAUUUCAUCACAAGAAAUACUACCAUGGCCAUGGGAUCAAAGCUCUCAUUGUUCUUCUUGUCGCUAGGCUUUGUAGCAUAUUCUUCUAGUGCUAGCCACAAUGAUCCCUCGGUUGUCGGGUACUCGCAGGAGGAUCUCGCAUUGCCAUAUAAGCUUGUUGAUCUCUUUAGUUCGUGGUCAGUUAAGCAUAGCAAGAUCUAUGUGAGCCCAGAGGAGAAGGUGAAGAGGUAUGAGGUGUUCAAGCAGAACCUGAAGCACAUUGUGGAAACAAACAGGAGGAAUGGGAGCUACUGGCUAGGCUUAAAUCAGUUCGCCGACGUCGCUCACGAAGAAUUCAAGUCCACUUAUCUAGGAUUGAAGACUGGAAUGGACGGCCCGGCACGCGCUCCGACGGCGUUCAGGUACGAGAACUCCGUGAAUUUGCCCUGGUCAGUGGACUGGAGAAAGAAGGGAGCAGUGACGCCGGUCAAGAACCAAGGAGAAUGCGGAAGUUGCUGGGCCUUCUCGACCGUGGCAGCCGUCGAAGGAAUAAACCAGAUUGCGACAGGCAAGUUGGAAUCGCUGUCGGAGCAGGAGCUGAUGGACUGCGACACCACCUUCGAUCAUGGCUGCGGAGGUGGUUUCAUGGACUUCGCCUUCGCCUACAUAAUGGGGAACCUGGGGAUCCACACCGACGAUGACUACCCGUAUCUCAUGGAAGAGGGCUACUGCAAAGAAAAGCAGCCUCAAUCCAAAGUCGUCACGAUAAGUGGUUACGAGGAUGUCCCGGAGAACAGCGAGGUAAGCCUACUGAAAGCAUUGGCUCACCAGCCCAUCAGCGUGGGCAUAGCUGCAGGCAGCAAAGACUUCCAAUUCUACAAAAGGGGGGUGUUUGAAGGUUCGUGUGGCACUGAACUGGAUCAUGCGCUGACGGCAGUCGGAUACGGUUCAUCUGAUGGCCAGGACUACAUCAUCAUGAAGAACUCGUGGGGCAAGAGCUGGGGGGAGCAAGGGUAUUUCAGGAUAAAGAGGGGCACCGGGAAACCGGAGGGCGUGUGCAGCAUCUACAGCAUGGCUUCUUACCCUACCAAGAGCAUUACAGGCCACGGAGCUUAAUUUUGUAAGCAGUACAUAUGUGAUGUGUCUUGUGAUUCAUCCCAAGCAACCAUAUGGAAGCAACGUCAUUCAUUCAAUUGAACCCGGAUGUCCAGUGGAACCGAGGACCGUGUCGUCUUGGGUACUUCAGUUCAGUUCGCAGCCCAUCGGAAGGACUGGCUGAGGAGUACCUGGGAGCCACUGAAGAAAGUGUGAUAAGAUACUUUCUUUGUCCCAUUAGCACAACGAGGUCCCAUGGUCUAGUGGUUAGGACAUUGGACUCUGAAUCCAGUAACCCGAGUUCAAGUCUCGGUGGGACCUUUAUUUUUGUAAAUUUGUAUAAAUUGCAAAUUCUUUUGCCACAUCGUCGUGAACCCAUGAUUCUCGACAAAGAGUUCACCAGGUCAGAAAGAAACAAAGGUUGUUUUUCGGACCUC